AUGUCAGAAGGAGAGAGCAAGGACAGCUCGGGCAGCGAGUGCCCGGUGUGCUAUGAGAAGUUCCGAGACCUAGAGGGUGCCAGUCGGACACUAAGCUGUGGCCACGUGUUCUGCCAUGACUGCCUUGUCAAGUACCUGCUCUCCACCAGAGUGGAUGGACAGGUCCAGAGGACCAUCGUCUGCCCCAUUUGCCGCUAUGUCACCUUCCUCAGCAAGAAGAGCUCCCGCUGGCCCUCCAUGCUUGACAAGAGCUCCCAGACCCUGGCUGUGCCCGUGGGCCUGCCCUCUGUGCUACCACCAGACAAUCUGGGCCACACAAACCCCCUGGCUGUCUCCCAGCCUGUCUGGAGACCAUCCUCGAGCCAGACGAGGCUGCCGGGAAGCCCAGGUCAGAGUCAGCUCCCCUUGGACCUGCUGCCCAGCCUACCCCGAGAGUCACAGGUCUUCAUCAUCAGCCGCCAUGGGAUGCCCCUGGGGGAGCAGGACAGUGUGCUGCCAAGGCGCAGCCUGGCCGAGCUCUCGGAGGUCUCCCCAGCACCCAGCUCCACCCGCUCAUUCUGCUGCCGCUCACGGGCCCUCCUGCUCAUCACUCUCAUCGCCGUGGUGGCUGUGGUAGCUGCCAUCUUGCCCUGGGUAUUGCUGGUAAGGAAGCAGGCAUGA